CUUUCGGUAAUUAAAAUAAAAUUUUAAUACUAUACACUACACUAUACACUACAGUGACGCUGUAACUCGCUGACCCCGUCAUGGUGGAUCGAUCCACGAAAUAGGAACCACGACCAGUAAUCGUGUAUGUUGAGUAUUCAACUUAACGGAAAUUGAAUCGUAUUUAUUAAUCGAUUAGAGAAUUGAAAGCGAGCACCCCUCCCAACUCAUCGACGUCGCUAGAGGAAUCGGAAUCUAUGUUUAAGUCGCAUCACGCGCACUAAUCGAUUCGGAUCGAAUUCCACGCUCCCCAUUGUUGACUGAGUCGUCUCGAGUCGUGCGACUCCUCAUCGCCCUAUCUACUGCCUGAGAUACAGCCAGAGACUGCCUGAGCUCCAACCAGCGUCCAUCUCUGAGUGAAGCCACGGGGCCAUGACAAGUGUAGCUUCCAGCGGUAGCGAGGCCCCAGGGGAGUUGACCUGCACCAUCUGCCUGGACGCCUUCUGCUACCCCUGCACGCUCAGCUGCGGCCACUCGUUCUGCCUCACGUGCGUGGAGGGCGCCUGGUAUGCGACCAAGUCCUUCUCCUGCCCACAGUGCCGAGUAACCUUCCCUCAGAGACCCCAGCUGAACAAGAGCGUGACGCUCGCCAACCUGCUGGAGCAGCGCAAUGCCACAGAUGAAUUGGCCACCGUGGUCUUGUGUGACUUUUGCAACGAUGGCACGACUGCUGCCUCCAACACCUGUCUCAAGUGUGAUAUGUCGUACUGUGCGACUCAUGUAAAGCCUCACCAGGAGAACUCGAAGUUAAGUAGCCACAUUCUGGUGGAUCCAGCUACGAAUCCUGAAGAACGCAAAUGCAAGAAACACAGAAAGAAGAUCAAGUUUUACUGCCAACAGGACGAGAGCUUGGUCUGCACAACCUGCAUCAUUGCAGGAGACCACAAGGGUCACGAUGUGGCUACGCUGGAGGAUGAGCACAAUACACGGGAGAAACAAGUGGGAGAGGAGACGCGGGCGGUGGAGGAGAAGAAGAGGGAGGCGGAGGAGUCCAUAAAGCGGAUGGAGGCCGCUCACAGGGACGUGCAGGGAUCGAUGACCGGGGUGAGGCAGCGAAUCAAUGGCGAGUUCACCCGCAUGAGAGCAGCUCUGGACGAGGACGAGAAGACGACUCUGGCUCGUGCGGCCAAGAAGGAGCGCGAGCUGCUGACCCAGAUCGAGAAGAACAUCGCUCACUACCAGCACGAGAUCGGCGAGCUCCAGGCAGCAGCCGCUCAUCUGGAGGGCCUAGCGCAGGAGAGGGACUCGCUCGCAUUCCUGCAGGGAUCGAUGACCGAGGUGAGGCAGCGAAUCAAUGGCGAGUUCGCCCGCAUGAGAGCAGCUCUGGACGAGGACGAGAAGGCAGCUCUGGCUCGUGCGUCCAAGAAGGAGCAAGAGCUGCUGACCCAGAUCGAGGAGAACAUCGCUCACUACCAGUGCGAGAUCGGCGAGCUCCAGGCAGUAGCCACUCGUCUGGAGGACCUAGUGCAGGAGAGGGACUCGCUCGCGUUCCUGCAGUGGCACAUGGAGGAGAUGCACAGGACAGGGAGGGUUAGAACGGCUCAACCCUCAGCUCCCAGCCAAGAGGACAUUGCCUCACUUAAAGUCCUGGAGACAACUACUGUCAAGUUCAUGUACGGACGCUCACCUACUCUGGACACAAACUCAGCUCAUAACCAACUCCAGAUCUCCUCGGAUCUCAGGACGAUGACAGCAGUCCAUGCCUCCCAGGGUUGCCCCGAUCACCCACACCGGUUUGAUGGCCGUGCACAAGCCCUGUGCUGUGAGCGCUUCUCCUCGGGUCACCACUACUGGGAGGUGGACGUGGGGGACGUGCGGUGGUGUCGGGUUGGAGUCGCGUACGGGACGAUCCCACGGAAAGGGGAUCGUGCUGCACAGCAGCUGGGAGGAAGCGACUCGUCCUGGUGUUUAGAGAAAUAUUACGACAACUUAUCAGUGUUUCAUGGUGGAGUGAAGACUGCACUGUCGGUGAGGGGGGCCCUCUCCCCCCGCAGAAUCGGGCUUCACCUGCACUGGGAGGGGGGGCUCCUGGCGUUUUACCGCGCCGACUCCAUGGAGGUGAUCCACGAGGGUCGGCAGAGAUUCUUGCAGCCUCUCUACCCUGGGAUGUGGGUGGGGUGUUGUAAUGAACCAUUGAAGAUUGUGGAUCUGAGUCGUGCAUCCUGAGGAAGAGGAGAGAUAGAAACUCAAGAAACCGAGACAGAAACCCAAGAAACGGAGCAGAGGGGGAUGGUGAGGAGAGGGUGAAGUGAAAGUGAGGGGAAGUUGGAACGGAGGGUGAGGUAAGGUGAGGGUGAGGGGAGAAUGGAGGGAAAGGUGAGGGAAGGUGGCGGGUGAGGGAUGAGGGUGAUGAUGAGGGUGAAGGGUAAGGAGAGGGUUAGGAGAGGAGAGGAUGGGAAGGAGUGGGUAGAGAGACGGUGAGCUGAAAAUUCAGGGAAGGGUGAGGUGAGCAUGGAGGGUUAGCAUGAGGGGGGAGGGUGAGGUUCAGGUUGGUGUGCGUGAGCGAUGUCGCCUGUGAAGUACAAAUCGCCGGAGCGGAAGUUUGAGGGAUUUUAAUGAAAUGUGAGUGGGGAAUCAGCGCAGACCCAGAGUCCGUGUGGCCACUCCUUCACCUGCAGUGCGCACUCGCAUCACCACGCCUCCUCAUCCCUGCGAUUCACCAUCACCAUCAUCACCCCUAUCAUCACCACCAUUGCUACCCUCAUCACCACCAUCAUCAUUAUCACUGUCAAAACCAUCAUUGCCAUCAUCACCACCAUCAUCAUUACCACCAUCAUG